AUGAGAGAUCCCAGAGAUUCAUGCCCCCAAUGUGGCAGAAUGGUGAAAAACGUCUCAAGACAUGUCAGAGAAAACCACAGUGUUGACAGGAAACAGUUCUCCUGCGACCUUUGCAUCUAUGCCACUAGAAGGAAGGACAACUUCAAUAGACACUACAAAAACGUCCAUCCCAACAAACAGCCUUCCCCAGCCAUCAUCACCUCGGUUAAAGUCAAAAGAGAAUCCCUCGAGAUCCCGUUCACAGAAAAGAAAAAGCGCGGAAGACCUAAGAAGACCGACAUUUAUCAGCUACCUUCGUCCAACACCAACACCAAUACCACUACAACUACCACAACCACAACCACAACCGAUCCGUCCCACGCCAAUUCCCCUUAUUAUUAUCCUACCUCUCUAAUGGUCAACCACAACUCUUUGCCUGCUCUCGGAUCAAACUCCAUGAGCUUUCCUUCAUCAAUAGAAAGGUCAACGAACCCUGCCGACACUUUCAACCCCACCAGCUACUACCGAUCCUAUUCUUACGACGAUUCGACUACCGAUUCGCCAUUCGAACGUAUCCAUAGCGACCAAUCACAUCUUCCUCAUCCUCAUCAUCAUCGGCACACACACAACAAAUCUUCGACUCCCCAGCUUCAAAGAACCUGGUCGUCGGAUUACAAAGAUCAACAUAAGGCCGCGGCCGCGUUUUCGAUGGCCAACUUUGGUCAACAAGUCAAUUUGCCGCUGAUAAACACCAUGCUAAAUCAUCCACGAAGCCCGGAAUCGGUGGCCGACAACACCUACUUCCAUCAGGACUAUUCCAUUGCAGCAAUGGACGCCACUACUAUAAAAAUCGAGGACACUGGUAUAAAGAUCGGGGAUACCGGUAUAAAGAUCGAAGACAGUAAUAUCAAAAUCCCUUCAGCAUCCCUUUAUUCAGAUGCAUUGCAAAACCAAAAUUUCCUGUCUCCUCAACAUACCAAUAUCAACAACAAUUUUGUUUCAAGGAUGUCUGGAGUUGGCAAUGCUCCCACUAAUUGGUUACUGUGA